AUGGCAUCCUCCGUGUUGAAACGAUGUGUGACUGCAGCUGUCAAAGUUAAAAGUUUAUCUCCCUCUUUUUCAGCUAGAAGAUGGCUGCUCUCAUCUGCUUAUACAGACACCAAAGUGUGGGAGGCAAGAGAGAAAGAUCCUCAGAACCUGGCUGUUCUGGCAAACAUUAUGGACAGGACUUAUGAAAGAAACCUUCCAGUUAGCUCUCUGUCUGUGUCGAGGUUCGUUGACAACAUAUCAUGUCGAGAGGAAGUCGAUCAAGCGGAGUACUACCUUUACAAGUUUCGUCACAGUCCAAACUGUUGGUACCUGCGAGACUGGACCAUUCACAGCUGGAUCAGACAGUGUCUAAAAUACGGUGCCAGAGAGAAGGCCCUGCACACACUUCAAAACAAGGUCCAGUAUGGUAUAUUCCCAGAUGACUUCACCUUCAACCUGCUCAUAGACUCUUACAUUAAGGAAGGAGAUUUUAAAAGUGCGUGCACUGUGGUCGAGGAGGUGAUGCAUCAGGAGGCCUUCGACCUUCCAUCCACACAGAUCCUGUCUCUGUAUGCGCUGGGCAGUUACCUAGCAACCAGACCACAACUCACUGUGUUGGAGGAGAGGCUGUUAGGUGCGUCACUGCUCAUCUGUGGACUGAAGCAAGACAACACUGUCGGACUCAGUGCUCAGCUACUAGGCAAUGCUUUCCUCGGCAAGGUAGAGAUGCUAAAGGGCAUACAUGCCGUAUUCAAAGGGAUGCCCCUCCUCUGGACCCGUGGAUAUCUGAGCCAAGCGCUGGCUGUCAUGGAGAAAGUGGCGGCUGUUCCCGGUGAUGAUGUCAAGCUGUCCAAAGACACACUGGACUACGUGAAUAACUUGCUGCAGGAGCUAUCUUCUGCUUCAGACUCUGACUCCUCUGGAGAGGAGUCAGGAGGAGAGGAAGACAAGAAACAGGACGCCGUAGAUGAAGAAGACCAGGCAGAACGAGAAAAUCUAUCUCAUUAUACCAGCAGAUUCAAGGAAUUGAGCAGCCAGCUGGAGUCUCAGGGUAAAGUGGACACCGCCUCCUUCCAGGCUUUAGUGACCACUCUAGCCCAACAGAACCUGGCCGCUGCUGAGAAACCUGACUUGGAGCAGUACGAGAGCCGGGUCCUGGCCUGGGAGUCUGAGAAGAGACAGCUGAUUCAGAGGGAGAAGGAGAUGAGGGAGAGAGCCAAUCAGGAGAAACAGGAGCGGUUAGCUGCCAAAGCUGCAGCCCGAAUGGGUUAGAGACACUGAAGAAGGAGGUGAAUCAGAUAUCAUUGAACUGUCCACUGAGUAUGUGUGUUUAAAGGUUAAAAUAUUAUGUCUCUAAAAUUGUCACUUUUUCAGUUCUGCUGGUGUAACAAGUCAUGUUACCUUUGUAUAUAUCAUGCAUUGUGCUCUUUUUAUAAUUUAAUUUGGGCAAAUUCAAACAUUCUGUUGUCAUUAUGUCAAAAA